UCCAGAACCCGGGACCACAGUACGGAAACGGCCCGGGGCAGAGCUGCAGUCCGAUCCCGGGAUGGAGGGAGCCGGAGAAGAGGAGUGAGGAGGCGGCAGGCAGGCCCUGCUGCCCUCCCGGAGGCCGGCGGCCCGCUAGCAGUGGAGGAGCAGGCCGCCCAGGCCGGGGGAGGGGUCAGGGGGUCGAGCCCGGGCCGUCGCAGCCGCAGACACAGCCCAAGAAGGGGACACCAGGCGCCCCGGAGUUCAGGGCCCAGACCUGGCUUGGGUGGUCCAAGGGGGCCUAGGCCAGGCCCCUGGUGGGGAAACUGAGUCCAGGCCAGGCCUGGCCUGAGGGCACAGCCUAGACGCUCGAGAGCCACGUUAGGGUUAGGGGGCAGGGAUCCUUCGGGGACUCAGGAACUAAGGGGAGUAGGGGGCUUCAGGGCCUCCCAGUCCAGAGCCGGAUUGGCGAGUUAGACGCUUGUAGAUCCAAGGCUGGAUUGGGGUGGGGGCUCUGGGUCGUUGGCUCACAACGCAAGGAUUGGGGGGAUUUAAGUGCUUGGAGAUCAAAGUCAGGUCUUGGGUAGGGGGAGUCAGACAAUUGAAAAGCCGAGGUGGUUAUUUGGGGAGGGGUCUUUGCGCUGCAAAGCACAAAGCUGCGCCUCUCUGGCUCCAGGCCUGAGAGGCCUUGUCAAGAGAGGCUUCCGUGCAGGCUAGGCCAGAGCAAGAGAAAGAAAGUGAAUAAAUCAGGAUUAUAAGUGGGCGGGGGGCCCCUGAGAAGGGGGUCACAAAGGGUGAGACAUGGCCACCAGGCGUUUAACCGACGCUUUCUUGUUGUUGCGGAAUAAUUCCAUCCAAAACCGGCAGCUGUUAGCCGAGCAAGAGCUGGAUGAGCCAGAACAAGUCAAAUUCAUGUUCACAAGUAUGUCCAAGGAAGUUAAGAGCUGGUGCAUGAAAAGAUAGGAAAACAAUUCCAAAUGCUAGCAGUCCCCAAAGCAAGUUUAUACUACAGCUUGCUGAUGACCGUAUGGCCUUGGUGUCGGGUAUUAGCUUAGACCCCGAAGCAGCAAUUGGCGUGACAAAGCGGUUACCUCCUAAGUGGGUGGAUGGAGUGGAUGAAAUACAGUAUGAUAUUGGCCGGAUUAAACAGAAGAUGAAAGAAUUAGCCAGCCUUCACGACAAGCAUUUAAACAGACCCACCCUAGAUGACAGCAGCGAGGAAGAGCAUGCCAUUGAAAUUACCACGCAAGAGAUCACACAGCUCUUCCACAGGGGCCAGCGCGCGGUGCGGGCGCUGCCCAGCCGGGCCCGCGGGGCCUGCUCCGAGCAGGAGGAGCGGCUCCUGCGCAACGUGGUGACCUCCCUGGCGCAGGCUCUGCAGGAGCUGUCCACCAGCUUCCGGCACGCCCAGUCGGGCUACCUCAAGCGCAUGAAGAAUCGAGAGGAAAGAGCCCAGCAUUUUUUUGAUACAUCAGUCCCACUAAUGGAUGAUGGAGAUGAUAAUACUCUUUAUGAUCGGGGUUUUACAGCUGACCAGUUAGUGCUGGUGGAGCAGAACACACUGAUGGUGGAGGAGCGGGAGCGGGAGCUCCGCCAGAUCGUCCAGUCCAUCUCUGACCUGAACGAGAUCUUUAGGGACCUGGGAGCCAUGAUUGUAGAACAGGGUACAGUCCUUGAUAGGAUUGACUAUAACGUUGAACAGUCCUGUGUCAAAACUGAAGAUGGCCUGAAACAGCUUCACAAGGCAGAACAGUAUCAAAAGAAGAAUCAGAAGAUGCUUGUGAUUUUAAUAUUAUUUGUCAUCAUCAUUGUCCUCAUCGUGGUCCUUGUCGGUGUGAAGUCUCGCUAAGUGGUGUUCUCGUGGGUGCUGCACACGGACUUCCUGGUGCGAGUGCUUGGCCUGCACCCCCCUGGCUGCCUGCGGAGGCCCAGCCCCGAGGGACCCGCGUCUGGACAGGGAACAGCUCCGUGGACUCCCUGUCUCAAGUAGUCCUCAAGUGAGGGGACCGGGCUUUCGUGUUCCUUCACUGGGAAGAAUGUAAGGACCUGGACACUGCUGCAGAAGAGAGACUGAGUUCUAGGAUCUGUUGUAAUAUGCAUAUAUAUAUGUGUGUGUGUAUAUAUAUAUACAUAUAUAUAUAUAUAUUUUUUUUUUUUUAAAGAAAAUGAGUUGCAAGUUUACAGGCUCAUGCAGAAGCUGUUAAAUAUUAUAUGUGUAUAUGCUAUUUUUUUAGUAAUUGUGUCUGAGCAGCAUGUGAAAAUAAUUUUUGGAAAAAAUUUUUUUUAACUGUCUGGUUUUUAAGAAAUUUGGUACCAAAAAUUUAUGAGUAGAGGCAAGAAUGCCUCUUCAUUCUUCUCUACAUAUUUUCCAGUUGAAAACAAACUGAGAAGUCCUUUAAGAAUUUAUAAUCCAUUUGCCAUUAACUUAAUUUAGCUUUUCCAUCACGUUAAUGAUCAGAGUAACAAAGUGUGAAAAAUAAGAAACCAUCAUUGAUGUUAAUUAACACAUUUAGAUGGGCCAGUUAAAACAGCUUCAUAAGUUUAAAUCAAUUGUAAAUGGUGUAUUUCUCAUUUAGAAUUUUUGCACUGCAUUUUCUACUGUAAACCAAAAGGGGUUUCUAAGGAAAACCACCUAAAUUUUUAAAGUUGGUGAUCUGAACUGAGCUCACAUUAAAAGCAAACUUGACAGUGCCAUGAAAGACACCAGACUUAGGCCGUGUGUCCCAUGGCCAUUGCCCAGUGGUCCUGGCACAACCCGUUAUUUAUUGACUAACUACAUAAAGACCUGUUCAAAUCAGAUUCCAUUUAAUGAACUGUGAAUUUACACAGAGGCCAUUUUAAAUGGGUCACCCCAUUUAGGAUUAUUGGAUCUCAAAUUAUUAACCAAACAUCACUCCAUUUCAAAGUAAAAUAUUCCACCAGUGAUUUGAUUUAUUGGCUCUUCCGUGGCCACUCAGCAGGGCCCAAAGAGUAGGCAUAUUUCUGAUGGUUGUGAAAGGCUUGACUAAGAAAUCUCUCAUAUGUGUGAGCACGGAUCAGAUCAUCAGGGCAGGGUUUUGUUGUUUACUUACCUGUUAUCAAUAUGGUGCUCAGAUAUAUUCCUGGAACUAUAGAGUAAUGUGCAACGUGAUGAUAAAUUUGAAAAAUGAAGAAUGAAGUUGCUCAUGUUUUAAUUGGUCCUGAGACAGUGGUAAAGUUAUAAUGGUCUUUGUGUAAUUAUUGGUGGCCUUCUAUUGUUUAUGCCUUUCUUAAAAAGCUUAAGAAGAGCAUAACCUUAUUAAAUGUUUUAAUGUUUUCUUUUGACCAGUCACAUGAAAUGUCUCUCUAGAAUUGAAUUUAAAGUUGUUUCCAGAAUUGUAAACUCAAGUCCAAAACGUAGAGAUAUCUGCAUUGUCCAGACAGAGCAAGGACUUCACACCGAAACCCCCACCACGGCCUUCCCUUCCCAAGUUGUUCAAACUGCCAGGCAGCCACCGAUUUUCUUAUUAUUGACUUGGCCUUAGGAUUAUCUACAGGUGUCUCUGGCAUUUCCGGAAAUAGCAUGGUGUUACCUGAUCAACAAUUAUUUAUUAGCAAAGAAAGUCAGAGGAUAAGAAUGCAGCCCCUCGAUUGCCCCUAGAAGGUGGAGUCUCUGCAGAGCUGCAGAGUAUCAGCAGGUGCUCUUUAGUCCCAGACUCCUGACCCAGUCAGUGGUGGAGACAUUCAGAGUUAGAAAGGCUGCCUGUGAGUGGGGCUGUUCAAAUUAGGGGUUUCCCUCAAAGUUGAUCUACAGUGGCAAUACUGGAUUGCUGUUCAAACUUCUCAAAAUGCUGAGUUUUAGUAACUCUUGAAGGAAACAGAUCCUUUAAGAAAGGAGUACCAUUUAUUUAUAUUUAUUUUCAGAGUGAUUAGGGUUGGUUUCUGUCCCAUUUGGGUAACAUAAUGGAUCUGAUUAGAAAUUGUUUUAAGGAUCUCAUGUGGGGAUGGGGGAACCCUUGUCCAUUCUGCCUGAAGCCAGUGUGGUGCCCACGAGAACCCCAGUUGUCUGCUGCCAUAGUCCUCGUGUCCGAAGGCAUGGCCUGGAGUGGACCCCAACUCGCCAGCGUCCUCCAAACACCGUCUUUUUCUGUUGAGCCUUUAUUUGUGGACAGAUCAGUUGUACUUGAGGAAGCAAAAGAAAAUGAAUAACCAAGUCCUGGUACCUCAGGGUAGUUCUCUACCUGCGGAUAGCUGUUGUCCAUGGGCCUGUCAGGCCGGCCGCCUCUCCAGGUGGGUCCCGCGCUGGCCCGGGACAGAAGCGAGGCAGGGGUUUCCUUUGGGUCUCUGGCGCCUGCUGAUUUUUCCUGAGAUUGUAACUGAAAACUGUCUCUUUUUAUUAAUUGGGGGUGGGGGGGGUGGCUGGCUGCGCGGGGUCUGGGUGAGGAAGCAGUGUAUGUCUAAUUUAACAGAUUUACCACUUUCUCUGCUAAUUGAGAGAGCUUUAUUUAUUUGUUUUGACACAGUGCUUUCAGUGUUUUAUCCUAGCUAAUGGCUUCUUAAAGGUAAUAAAACCCUUCCAACCUAA